CCGAGCGACCAACCCGACGGCAGUCGAGUCAGUUUUCCUGGGGAAAGGAGGCCGCCGAGGGAAGAGGCGGCGGCGGCGGCGGCGGCGGCUUUAGCAGCAGCAGCAGCAGCAGCAGCUACAGCGGCGACUCUCCCGCCCGGCCGCCCGCGGAGAGCGCCGAGGCAGGCCGCGGAGGCGUCUCCUCCUCCUCCUCCUCCCCGCCGCUCUUUCUUCUCUCCCUUGCCUUGCCCGUGUCCCCGCCGUGCCUAGAGCCGCCCGCCAUUAGUGCUGGGAGCCGGUGGGUGCCGCCGGGCUCUCGGCCGCCUCGGCUGGGCUGGGCCGGGCCGGGCCGGGGGACGAGUGGGAGCAGUAGCCCGGUCACUCGAGGUUCGGGUCCCCGUUUGAUGGAUCCCCGGAUCGCCUGGUUGCAGCCAGAGCAGCUCGGCCCCUCGAACCGCCUGUGGAUGCAGAUUUGGGAGACCACGCAAGGGGUCCGCAACCUCUACUUCCCGCAGCAGCACGAGCAGCAGCAGCAGCAGCAGCGAGCCCAGCAGCAGCAGCAAACCGCCUCGCCGCCUCCGCCACCACCGCCCGUCACCUCCCCCGACUUCCUGCCGCUCGAGAGCGCCAACCACCAGCAGCACAACCAUCACCACCACCGCCAUCCCCCCGUCGCCUCUUCCACCGCCGCCGCGUCGCCUUCUCCCGCUUCUUCGGCUUCUGCUCACCCCGCCGCCGCCAGCUCGAACAAUUCGGCCGCCAGCAACAAGAGGAAACGGGACAACAAGGCCAGCACCUUCGGCCUCAAUUACACACUCUUGUUAGGGCCCGCCGGAGAAAGCGGGGACCCGGCGCCAGGAGACGGGCCCCUGGGGAGGCCGCAAGCCGGCCCGGACGAGCCCGCCUACACCGGCACCCCGUGGAAGAAGACGAAUUACAGCCAAGGAGUGGUGGGUCUUCACGAAGAGAUCAAUGACUUCUACAAAUAUAUGUCUCCCAGACCUGAAGAAAAAACAAUGCGAAUGGAGGUGGUGAAUAGGAUAGAAAACGUUAUAAAGGAACUCUGGCCUAAUGCAGAUGUGCAGAUAUUUGGAAGUUUUAAGACUGGUUUAUAUUUACCUACAAGUGAUAUUGAUUUAGUCGUGUUUGGAAAAUGGGAGACGUUGCCUCUGUGGACCCUGGAAGAGGCUCUCAGAAAGCACAACGUGGCAGAUAAAGAGUCAGUAAAGGUUUUAGACAAAGCAACUGUACCGAUCAUUAAACUGACUGAUUUCUCCACUGAUGUAAAAGUUGAUAUCAGCUUUAACGUACAGAACGGGGUAAAAGCUGCUCAUCUCAUCAAAGAUUUUAUCAAGAAAUAUCCUGUAUUGCCAUAUCUAGUUUUAGUACUGAAACAGUUCUUAUUGCAGAGGGACCUCAAUGAAGUAUUUACAGGUGGAAUUGGAUCAUACAGUCUUUUUUUAAUGGCUGUCAGCUUCCUCCAGUUACAUGCCAGAGAAGAUGCCUGUGCCCCCAAUGCCAACUACGGGGUCCUUUUAAUAGAAUUUUUUGAAUUAUAUGGACGUCAUUUCAACUAUCUGAAAACAGGGAUCCGAAUAAAGGAUGGUGGUUCAUAUGUGGCCAAGGACGAAGUGCAGAAGAAUAUGCUGGAUGGCUAUAGACCAUCAAUGCUAUAUAUUGAAGACCCACUACAACCAGGUAAUGAUGUCGGAAGGAGUUCUUACGGUGCCAUGCAAGUAAAACAGGCCUUUGAUUAUGCAUACGUUGUUUUGAGCCAUGCAGUAUCACCGAUAGCGAAAUAUUACCCCAACAACGAAAAUGAAAGUAUAUUAGGAAGAAUAAUCAGAGUGACGCAAGAAGUGGCGACAUACAGAGAUUGGAUAUCAAAGCAAUGGGGAAUUCAGAACAGCACAGAGGCUUCGUGCAAUGGUAAUGGGGUGGCCUUGAUAGUAGAUAAACAACAGCUAGACAAAUGCAACAAUAAUAUUUCUGAAGAGAAUGAAUCACUAGGGAAACCUAGAAGUAAAACCUCAGAGACGCCAAGCAAACACUCGUCAAAUUCUUCAUCAGGUCCUUUGUCAUCAUCUUCUUCUACACUUUCCAGCUCCAGUGACGUAGAGUCUGAUGGAACACCAUGCAAAACCUCUAAACAGCUGGGCUGCCGCCAAACUACAGCAAACAGAAUGGCAACUCAGGACAUAUCAUCACUGGGAUCCACGCAGUUGAGUGGGAAAAUACCAAGCGGCCAAACAGUGAAUACAGCCAGUGUUGCAAACAAACCCCAGCACGGAUCCACAAGGCUCUUCCGCACUUCUUCCAACAAAGGCUUCCAAGGUCCAGGAAAUUCAAGCCAUGGUACCUCGGUGAUCAACAAACAGCACCAAGGCAGCAAAACGCACCAGUUUUUCCACGGCAAAAGGAGGAAAUACAAGAGGGACGUGGUCCUUUCAGACCUUUGUAGAUAGUUUUCCUAUCUGACAAUUUGACUGUUCUUCUGUGUGCAAUGAUCUCAUGCUACAAGAGUAAGUUUGGACACUGAUUCCCCAGACCGUCUCUGGAGUCUCAAGACUGUUGAAACGUUGAUUAGCAACGCGUUUUAGUUUUUUCCAGCCCGCCACGGAACAGAUCAUGAAGACUGAUAACUGCAAAAAAAAAAAAAAAAAAAAGGGGGGGGGAGGGAGGAAGAAGAGGAAGCCACUCAUCCGAUAAGUCAUAUGCUACAACAGGGUUGUUUAGGAUAUAAAAGCUUGAAUGUAAAAUAAAUAUCUCCCAUCAGCUUCUGUGCUGACCUGUAGGGGGUAGUACUCAGUGUGUUUAAGGGGUUGGUAAUAAACUAAAAUAAAAAAAGGAUAAAAAGUGAAUAAAAAGUGAAAAAAAAUGUAUUUUGAGGGAAACCCAAAGUUCAAAGGAGUAAAUUCGUGCAUGAUAAUUUUAAAAUUAUUUUUGCAUAUAUUUACCAUUUUAUUGUGUAUCUAUAGAUGACCAUAUAGGAAAAUUGACAUUUGUAAUAGUGGAUUUGUUAAUACUUUUUACAUAACAUUACCGUUUAAAUUGUAGAAACAUUUUUUUCUUUUCCUUUUCCCUCAGGAGUAGUUUAAUUAUUAUUAUUUUUUAAAAAAAACAACUGAAUUGUCAGCUGAACAUCAGAGAAAUGUAGUGAUUAACAUGGCUCAGAAUUGUGGUUUUCCUUUUAGCAUUGAAAUAAUUUAAUAGCACAUUUAUGCAUCUGCACAAAUUGCUUCUCUGAAGAAGGAAAAAGAUAGACGCUGGGGUACGGACUUGUUUAUAAAGUGUACAAAUACAUCCUGUGUCAACUCUGAUCUUGUAUUCCUCUCUUGCGAGGAAAAAUGAACUUUUCACCUUGUUUCUAAAGUGCCAUCAUCUCAGGCAAUGGGGUAUUCCAGGUUAAUUUCCAUCAGAAAUCUUUCUUUUUUCCUUCCUUCCUUUAUUUUCUUACAUAGGAAACCAAGCUACUUUACUGGGGGAAAGGGGAAUACUCAGCUGCAUUGAUAAGAAACAACAACACGAAUUUGUUGGUGAUGUUUGUAUUUUGGGACUUCCUCAGAAUCCUAUGCCUUUUUUUUUUAAUUUUGGUGCCUUCAUCCCUACCUCUUCCCUUUUUUUCCACCCUUCUUUUGCAAAUUUGUAUCUUUUUUCUUCUUAAAAAAACAAACAAAACUUAAGGCGAAAUGGAACUAUUAAGGCAGUUGAACAAAAAUUACCUUAGUGUUAUUUCAUUCCCUUUUAGAUAUUUUUAAUCCACCCUUAAAUAAUUAAAUGGUCUUCAAUAAUGGAAAUAAAUUUGUAUUGCUGUCUAUAAAGAGCUGAAAACUUUCAUAUCCAAGUAUUUCUUCAUUGAAUUUUCCCUCCCACACAGCCUCUUAAAAUGUUUGAACAUUUCCUAGCUCAGCGGUGCUGUGGAUUUUAAGACUGAUGAGAAGUUUAUGCUAUGAAUGCAAAAUGGAAUGUGUAGAGUUGUAGUCACUUGCAUUGCUUGCAAAAAAGAAAAGAGAAAAAAAAGGAUUUGGAGCACUUUAAUUGAUAGAAUGUAAAGUGACAUUUACUGUAACAUUUUUUCUUUGAACAGGAAUGUGAGUGAGUGAGUGAGUGAGUGAGUGUUCGUUCAGUAUGUAUGACUGUUCAGUGUAUCCAAUCUGAAGAAUGAUGAUGAUCCUUUUUUGAGGAAUAUUUGCUAUUAGAUGUUUCUUUUAUAAAUUACAGACCAACUUGACCUUUAAUAAGCGCUGAUCAAGUGCAAAAGCUUUUAAAGUAAAAUAAUGCAACACGACCAAAAACUGUCAUGAAUGAAAACUAAUAAAAAACACGGUCUAGAUUAAGUAUGGACAGAAGGUAGAUCUCUAGAUGUUUGAGACUUCUGGAAAUCUACUUUCUGCCCACCCCUGUUCUAGAUGGUAAAGCAUUUUGACUUCCCCCCCAAAAAAGGGAGGAAAAAAACAAAACUUUGCCACCAUAAUACUCAAGAACACUAAGCUUAAAAUAAAGAGAAUGUUAACUCGACAAUGAGUGAAAUUUUAGAUAGACAUUUUGUUCCGAUCAUUUUUUUAUCAACCAGAUUUUUGUUAACUAGAAUUUAGUACAAGGCGUCACAUUAUGCAUUAUCAGAGUAUUUAUUUUGAGUUAAAAUACGUUUUAUAACUGUAUAGGCCUACCUUCACUGCUUUGGGAACAAAUUCUAAAUUAUAUUAAUCCAGUAUUACUAGCUGCUGUUAUCAAACGCUGUUACAAAUGUGUAAUACACCGAUCUGUAUUACUUAACCACACUGAAGUUUUUUAUUUGAUUUUUUUUAAAAUCACCCUCAUUGUUGGAAACAAAUGUUCUGUGAGGAUGCAGAGGUUGGUGUUCCAAUAAGUAUCUGAUUAUUUUAAUGUGGUGGUAGCGGGAAGAUAAUCUUGAUUCCAUUUGGGAAUCUUAGGUUUGCCUCAAUUUAUGGUUUUCAUAAAUUUUAAUGGAAAAAUAGCUUUUCCUGGACUGCUCAAGUUUCAUUUUGUAAACAGUAUCUUUCUAACAAAAGAAGACAACGAAGAAAAAGCAUGAAGGAAAAAUUGAGGUAUUUACUUUGCCUCAAAUAACCAGCAUUGUAUUCAUAAAAUACUGUAUAUCUAGCAAAUCUUUAUUUAAACUGAACAGUUGAACUGUUCAUUUUUUUCAACCUGAAGUAAAAAAAAAAAAAAACACUUUCAAACCUCUUAUGUUUUGCCUGCUCAUUUAUCUUGUACAUUUCAUCUCUGUAUUCAACUUAAGUCUAAUUCCUUUUUUGAGUUUCAAUACUUUUUUUGUGAAAAUUUUGUGAAAUAUAUAUAUAAAAAAUAAAUGUUUCAACACAA